GGUCACACCGGUCACACCUUUUAUGGAUUGCUUCCGGACCGAUUAUUCAUUUUUUGCGACCAGAUCGUGUCCUAUCCUGUCCAGAUCGCCAAAUAAUUUGUUCACACGCGGCAGUAGCAGGGACUGGGCAAGCUCCUAUCGUUCUGAUGCUUCUGGUGUGAUAGCAUGCGGAAUACAAAUACAGUAUCAACUGCGAUGAACUCUUCAUCUUCACGGCGCUAUGUCUGCAUCACUAUGUCCCUCGGAACUCAAAUUCGGUACCGCGGACGGGAAGCUGUGGACGCGAAGGCUCUAUGGUCAGGAAGCUCAGGCUGCCUACUUCGUUGACCAUGGUGAAGGUUUCACCAUGUAUGCCGGAACCUUGACCGCUCGUUUCACACCGCCCCGUUCUCGCGCCGAGCUCGAGCUGCCUAUUCAGAAAGCUUGGAUCAAGGCGCGCCACCUUUCCCCCUCAAUUGCAUGCAGGCAAACGAAACAUGACGGUCACUACUGGUUUGAAUACCAAGUACCCACGGCUGCUGAGGCGCAAACUUGGGCUGAGGAGACAAUAUUCUGGCACGAGGAGCCCAAGACGCUCCUGCAGACAGACUUGAUGCUCGAGGAUAAGUGGUGGAAGUGCAGCGACGGUCUGUACAUCGUCCAGUUACAUUUCGUACCAUCCGCGGAAACUCCCGGCGACUGGCACAUCGGUUACCUCGCACCGCACAAUAGUAUUGAUGGCCGCUCCCUCAUGAAACUACUGGAGCACAUCCUAACCUGGACGCUUGAAGAGCUAAAGACGCCUUCUGCAGGGACACCGGAGCUUGAAUGGGGUUCUGAACCUAUCCGUCUUGCACCCACACUUAUCCUAGCAGCCCAGUUACCGUUAGACCAGGCUCCAGAACCCAAAGCCGCCCCCGCCCCUCCGGGAUUUAUUCCCUUCCUACCAGCGGUAGUGGACGCCGAUCAUACGUCCGCCAAUGAGGCGAACAACGUCAACGCGCUGCUUACCCUUACGCCUGAACAGACGGCCCGAUAUCGUCAAGUGUGUCGCGCACAUGGCGUAACGGUUACCGACCUGAUGCUUGCGCUUCUUGCCCUUGCGGAAAUAGAGUCGACCCUGCAUAUUGCUCUAAAGUCAGACAACGGGGAGCUCACCGCUAAGAAUAUCGGUGCCUACGAGCAAGCGUCGCAUUUCCUCUUUGGUUUCUACUUUAUCAACCAUCGUCACAAACUUCCAGGAGAAUAUUCGACGCUCGAAGACGGAGCCCUUCUCUUCGGUUGUGAGGGUACGAGCCUGUUGUUCGACAUGGCUACCAUGCGCAAAGCCAUCUUACUCGACAAAGAAACUGGAAAGAUUCAGCGUACUAUUACAGACGAGGUCCUCUGGGAUGGAAUUAUCAAAAUGAGUAACUCUGUCGCGAAGGGCACUCCGUCUGACUGGACGGCCGUCUUCCAACGCGAAGUCGAUCGUCAAUUCGUACUCGACGAGGGCCUACACGACGACACAGCAUUCCACAUGCGGGUACCUAUGAUGUCCUCGAUUGGUGACUAUCACGCUAUGGAUAUUCUCAAUCCGUUCGUCCCGGAGACAGGAGUGCUCGCGAAAGAAUUGACCGUCCUUGGUCAAUAUCACACCAUUCGGGUUACCCAUCCGCUUAUCGUUCCUAUAUGCUGGCAAUAUGCCGGUCGGAUUAACUUCUCGUGGUGUUCGGGAAGAAAAUGGCUGUCGCAAGAGAAUAUGGAUUUGUAUGUUGGUAUAUUCAAGGAGUGGUUGGAUAUUUGUAUCGGAGAGUUGUAGGUUUAUACCCUGUACUGGAGUUGUUAGAUACGUAGGAUGUGUACAAUUCAAAUACAUGACAAUGGAUUUCUCCGCCGCAUGAAAAUCGUAAACGAAAAGAGCGACGGUAGAAGGAGCAACAAUGUUCAAUGCCAACCGCAGACAACACGCAGAUGUAGUCUCCCCUAGGCAGAC